AUGCUGUUCGACAUUACACUGAACAGAGUCUUGCAGCUACCUUCAGAACAACGCCCAUUGUUGGUCUUAGAAAAGUUGAAAGAAUUCUCCGCCGACGAAGAGUAUCAGAGAGCAGCAUUACUUGAGUGUGGUGUGAGCGAAUAUUGCGUACGUCUGCUGCGUGCAAUUGCGUUGAAAGAUGUGGAGAAAUGGAAUUCCGUUAUGCAACAGUUGGAACGGCACUCGUGGGAUGGAGCGGGACUCGACCAUCGGGUCCUUGACAACCAUAGAGCUGCGCUUGCGCAGAUUGGAGAUUUUGACACCGACGAUGAAGUGCGUACGCGCAUCUUGAAGUCUGUAGAGAGUACGUUACGUGCGCAGCUAGCGACAUCUGGUGCCCGUUCACUACGACUAACUGCAUUAUGUGCCGCACUAUCCAGUUGUCAUAUCGAAGAAGAUAAAUCUCUAUCUACCCUCCUGGGGUUGCCGGCACACUUAAGGGUAUAUAGAUUUGAGGAUCAAGUUGACGUAUGCACUGACAGCAUAAGAAGACCUUGUGUUAUACGAGCCAGUUUGUCUGAUGGCUCAACCCGUCGAUGGCUAAUAAAAAGCGGGGAAUCCCCGGCACCGCAAGUCACCGGUCUCGCCUUUUGUCGCGCUGUGCGUAGGGCGCAUCCCUCUCGCGCGCGGCAUCUUACAACUUAUCUGGUACGAGAACUGAAUGAAGAAUGCACGCUCAUCGAAUUCUUGGAACAGCACGAGAGAUUGGAUGCUGUGGCUACACGCGGUGGAAGUCACCCGUUGCCUGAAAUGAGCGGCGAAGAAAGCGUAGCUGAUGCUGAGGUGCGCUACCGUGUUGCUUGCGAGCGGCUCUCUGCCUUGACUUUGAGGGAAGCAGUUGCCGCGAGAUGUUUGACCGGGAAGCACUUCGUCCAGCAGCAGCAGCACUUCACUGAAUCUCUCGCUGCUACAGCGGUACUCACUGCGCUCAUUGGUUUGGGCGAUCGUCACGCCCAGAACAUUAUGUUGAGCCGUACACGUUGUUCCGUUGUGCACGUGGACUGGGCCAGUAGUCCACGACACGGCGCGGUAACAGCGGAACCCGCGCCGGCUCGACUCACGCGCAACAUGAUAGCACUUUGUUCUAAUGGAAUUGAGAACUUGGUGAUGGAAUGGAGCGAGCGUAUACGCGCUCAUGCAAUACCACUCGCAGCCAGCGCACGAUUGAUUUUCCGCUUUCUGCCUCCAGAACAUCAGUAUAAGUUGACUAUGAUAGAAGAUCUUCUGCACGGAAGAUACUCCUAUCACCAGGUUGCUCUCCAACAACUAAAGCACCAACAACAAGAUCAUCGUGCAUCCAGCCUUGUACUCCUGUUGGAGGAUAUGUUUACCGAAUUUCCAGAAAAAGAAAGCUAUACGGUUGAAGAGCAGGUGUCAAGUCUCUUGCGCAUGAGCACGGAUCCGCGCGUCUUGGCGUUAACACGUGGAGCUUGGCAGCCGCAUUUCUAA